GUGCGAGCGGAACCUGGCCGGGCGCAGCUCAGCGCGCAGGGAGCCCCGCAUCCCGGCAAGGGGAAAAGGACACGGAGCGGGGCCGGCGGUGUGGGCAGGGCAAGCAGCGAGCGGCCCCGGCCCUGAGGGAGGCGGAGGAGGGCGCGGGCCGGGCCCCGUCCGCGCUCCCCCUGCCCAGCCCUGGCCAUGAAUAUGUAACUCCCCUCUAUUUCCCGAGCUCCAUUGCGGAGCCGCCGCUCGCCAUAUUGUGCUGCGGGGGCUGUGGCGGCGCCGCCGGCCACGGACGGAGGCGGCACCGGUGGCGCCAUGUCUCAGGCCGUGCAGACCAACGGGACGCAGCCUCUGAGCAAGACCUGGGAGCUCAGUCUGUACGAGCUGCAGAGAACACCCCAGGAAGCCAUCACAGAUGGGCUGGAGAUCGUGGUGUCCCCCAGGAGCCUGCACAGCGAGCUGAUGUGUCCCAUCUGCCUGGACAUGCUCAAGAACACCAUGACCACCAAGGAGUGUCUGCAUCGCUUCUGCGCCGACUGCAUCAUCACUGCCCUCAGGAGCGGCAACAAAGAAUGUCCCACAUGUCGCAAAAAGCUCGUUUCAAAAAGAUCCCUGCGGCCAGACCCCAAUUUCGACGCUCUCAUCAGUAAGAUUUACCCGAGCCGGGAUGAGUAUGAAGCUCAUCAGGAGAGGGUGCUGGCCAGGAUCAGCAAGCACAACAACCAGCAAGCCCUGAGUCACAGCAUCGAGGAGGGAUUAAAGAUUCAGGCUAUGAACAGGUUGCAGCGGGGCAAGAAGCAGCAGAUUGAGAACGGCAGCGGGGCCGAGGACAAUGGGGACAGCUCCCACUGCAGCAAUGCCUCCACACACAGCAACCAGGAGGCAGGGCCCAGCAACAAGAGGACCAAAACCUCGGAUGACUCUGGGCUGGAGCUGGACAACAACAACACCACUGUGGCCAUAGAUCCCGUGCUGGACGGGGCCAGUGAGAUCGAGCUGGUGUUCAGGCCUCACCCCACCCUCAUGGAGAACGAUGACAGUGCACAGACAAGGUACAUCAAGACCUCGGGCAAUGCCACAGUUGAUCACCUGUCCAAGUACCUGGCAGUGAGGCUGGCCCUGGAGGAGCUGCGGAGCAAGGGCGAGUCCAACCAGAUGAACCUGGACACGGCCAGCGAGAAGCAGUACACCAUCUACAUCGCCACCGCCGCCGGCCAGUUCACCGUGCUAAAUGGGUCCUUUUCCCUGGAGCUGGUCAGUGAGAAGUACUGGAAAGUGAACAAACCCAUGGAACUGUACUAUGCCCCCACCAAGGAGCACAAAUAAGGGCUGGGAAACUGGGAUGGAACUAACUGUUUUUAUAGCUACAACUUCUUUAAUAUUAAAAUAAGGCACUACCAGUAUCUUCAUGGACAACACACAUGGUGCCUUCAGGCACUCUCAGUAAACUCAGUAAUAUGACUAGACAGUAUUCUGGGCUGUAUUUAAUUUAGUCUUUGGGUUGGG